AUGAAGGAUAUGCCUUGGUUAAUCAAGGUAGAGCUAGAGCUCAUAGCGGAGCCGAGCAUUAAUACAACAAUUGGUGUUAGAGUUACAGUGAUUUCGACGAUCGAGCCAUGUUGGAUGGACCCGAUCAUUGACUUCUUAGUCGAGGAUCGAGUCUCAGAUGAUGAGAAGGAAGCUAAUCGAGUUCGCCGAGUAGCUGCUCAGUACUGGUUGUCGACAGAUCGCAAGCUAUACCGGAGGUCAUUUAGGGGGUUGUACCUUUUGUUUUUGCACCCUAAGAAAGUCAAUGAACUCUUGGCCGAGCUACAUGAUGGGGUAUGUGGCAGUCAUAUGGGGGGAUGCUCAUUAGCACACCGAGCAAUGACUCAGGGGUAUUGGUGGAAAUGUGAAGGGAGAGAGAAGGGUGGCAUAGGAGACUAA